CUUGGCUUUGCAUUCAUUCACGUCUGUGCGUGUGAACGGUUAAUGGCUCUGACUGGAAAGUAGCUUGCAGAGUGCUAGUAUGCCUAUUGCUGUUGUGGCACGUUAUGAAAUACUGUGUUAUUGUCCUCAUACGACUUCCGUCUAAGUACAAAGGUUGUUGAAGCACAGUGAAUUCUGAGCAGGGCUGCAUUUUGAAAGAAAGAUGGAGCGCAUGUUUUUCUCACCACUGUCCCGUGUUGCCAUUAGUGGUGGCACCCACGGAAAUGAGAUGUCGGGGGUGUACAUGGUGAGAGAAAUGCAGAAACAGAAGGUAGAUCAGGCUGGAUCUGUUGCUAUAACUACCGUCCUAUCAAACCCACGGGCUGUGGAUGCUUGCAGAAGAUACAUCGAAACGGAUCUCAAUCGCUGUUUCACAGAUGCCUUGCUGAGUGCUCCCAUAACAGACUCUACACCCUACGAAUUGAGGCGAGCCAAAGAGCUGAAUGCUCAACUUGGGCCCAAAGGAAGCCCAGAGGCUGUGGAUCUGCUCUGCGACAUCCACAACACUACUGCCAACAUGGGCAUGUGCCUCAUCUUCUACUCCUUAGACUGGAUCACCCUGCACAUUUACAAAUACAUACAGAGCAAGAUGACCUCUGCGCCUGUGAGAGCAAUCCAGCUGGAUAUACCCAUUUCUGAGGCUUAUUCCCUGGAGUCGGUGGGCAAACAUGGCUUCGCGAUUGAAGUCGGACCUCAACCUAACGGCGUGCUCAGAGCUGACAUCUUCAACGUGGCGAAAGAGGCAGUGGAUCUCACAAUAGAAUGGCUUCAGAAAUUUAAUUCUGGAAGUACUUUUGAAGGAGGAGAAGUGGAAGUACACACUACGGUGAAUUCUGUAGACUACCCAAGGGAUCCUACUACCAAAGAGAUCACUGCUGCCAUUCACCCCCAGCUGCAGGAUAAUGACUUCAAGCUUCUCCAAUCAGGCGACCCAAUAUUCCUGUCAUUUUCUGGGGAGACGGUGAAGCACGAGGGAGAAGACCUCUACCCUUUAUUUGUAAAUGAAUGUGCCUACUAUGAGAAGAAGAUUGCUUUCCAUUUAGCCAAGCAGCGCACACUGACUAUACCGUCUGUAAGUGUGAAGAAGGACUGAUAGUAGAACUAAAUUAUAAUCACAGACAAAAUGAAUGUGUACACUAUAUGCAUAAUCAUGUUUUUAAUCAUCUCAAGUGAGCAAAUGCACAAACUUAUGCAACGAUGAAUAAAUAUUCAACAGGUGCCGGACACAAUGACACGAUUAACUCCUGGCUAUCAAAUACAGGAGCUCUGCAACAGUACUACCUCUGUGAGGCUUAAAGAGGAGGCUUGUGUAAUACCAGUUGUUUUUGUACUGAAUGACAUUGCACAGGUUCUGAAGUUAUAAUCCCCCACCCCCUGUUUAUUAACUAGACUAAGAUAUUGAAAUUUUUUGCAGUGGCAAUGAUGCACAACACCAUGUUUGAAUAAAUGGAAACAUGGAUCACUUUGAAC